CCCUGAUGAAAGGAAGCUUGGAGAAGUUUAGUCCAUCACUGUACUCUGUGAUGAGCAGAUCCAUGUAGUGGGCUGAGUGUGCUCUGCCUGCCUGCCUGCGAGAAUCCAUCACAGAAACAAACCUCCCCCUCCCACUCCGAGAGCCCCCGCUUCACAUGCAACUCCAAAUACAUAAAGCCUCCAUGUUGCACAGGGAAUGAAGGGCCAGGAGAUAUGAACUAUCUGCCUCAAAGUGUUAGCUAACUUUAACGUCCAACAACUUGUUUUGGGCUGGAACAAUCGUCCGACUCUUCCCAGUCUUUACACCUCAUCUAUUCGAGACUCGGCCUCAGAUUCUGGAUCUCUGAGCUCCGAGGCUAACCCGCUAACACAAGCUAACUUCAGCUAGUUAGCAAGUCAACGUCGGUUUGUUUCUUUCCUCUUUUUCUGGCUGUGUUCGCCGUCUACAGAAGACUUAUUCGCAGUGAUGAUAUUUUGCGUGAAGCCAUAAAUGACAGCCCUCCUCCGGCUUCCUGUAAACACCGUGCUGGCUGUCUGGCUCACACCGCUGACACGACACUUCGCCCCGGACGGUCUCCUGGCUUUGUGGGCUGGCUCCUCUUAAACAGCUAGCUAACAGCAGCUAGCAAGCAACCUUAGUACAAGUAAGGAACAGGAAUAUCCACCCGCCUAAAUGGACCACAUGUCCAUAAUAACCCAAGUUUCCAACCCAAAGGAGGAGGAAAUAAUAUCCUUCAACCAGGAGAAAGCGUCCCAGUCGAACAGCAGCCUAAAGAAGCAGAGGAGCCGGAGCAUCUUCAGCACAUUCUUCUGCUGCUUCCGCAAUUACAAUGUGGACCCGCCAGCCAACAACACCAACACCAGCUCCCUGCCUCCACCUGUGGAGGAGAACGGGUCUCCACCCAAGUGUGACCAGGUCGAGGUCAUCCCUGUCCCUAGUCCACCAGCCAAAUACCUCCUACCUGAGAUGAUAAUAUCAGACUACGGCAAAAAGUGUGUGGUGAUUGACUUGGAUGAGACACUCGUCCACAGCUCGUUCAAGCCCAUCAGUAAUGCUGAUUUCGUUGUUCCAGUGGAGAUCGAUGGUACCGUUCACCAGGUUUAUGUGCUGAAGCGACCCCAUGUGGACGAGUUUCUUCAAAAGAUGGGCGAGCUCUUUGAAUGUGUGCUCUUUACAGCCAGUCUUGCCAAGUAUGCAGACCCUGUGGCAGACCUGCUGGACCAGUGGGGCGUGUUUCGAGCGCGGCUCUUCAGAGAGUCCUGCGUUUUUCACAGAGGGAACUACGUCAAAGACCUCAGCCGGCUCGGACGAGAGCUCAGCAACGUCAUCAUUGUUGACAAUUCACCCGCCUCUUACAUUUUCCACCCAGAAAACGCUGUCCCUGUCCAAUCCUGGUUUGACGACAUGAAUGACACAGAGCUCCUGGACCUGCUGCCUUUCUUCGAGGGACUCAGCAAAGAGGAAGAGGUUUACGGAGUCCUGCAGAACCUGAGAGGAAGGUAGCAGGACAUGCCGCAGUCCUCCUCUUGGUCCACCUCCGCCCCCCUCUCUACAGCCACAUCAUCUCUCAGACUCAGGCAGAUCCUCCCACAACGCGCCCCUCUUGUCUCUGCCCCAAGGGGACGCCCUGGAGUCUCACUGUGGAAACCUUCACGUUAACCCCGUCUCUGCUCUCGGCUCCUGGUGACCGGCUGCAUUCUGAGUGCCAUCAGAACGAAAAUAUAAACUAAAUCUCCCAGCCAGGAGCACUGUGUUUUCACAAUAAAACGCACCAGAACGUGUACAGAGCGUCUUUGGUUGAUCAUAUUUGGGACAUAAAGCUAAGAGGAUUGAACUCUGGUCUUUAUUUUCAAACCAAGAAGUUUUACUAUUCGGUGAAGUGCUUGUUUUAAAACCAAAAAAAAGAAACAACUUUUUUCCUAAAACUUCUUUUGUGGUUCCACACAAAAGCCUGAGAAGAUUUUGUCCUCGUAUUGUUGCUAUGCAGGCAGUUUCUGGUAGUAGGAAGGACUGUGAUUCUCUUUUCUUACUGAAUGAAGUGCCUUGUGUGAAUGUUGUUUAUAUAGGGAGAUAUUUUGUACAUGGCAUAUUUCAGAGUACUUCAGUCUUUACACACGAUAUGCUUUAAAGUGGACACAGAAGUAUUUUGAUAAACAAGUUUUGAUUUUUGAACAUCAGACGCUGGGUAAAUGUCUCCAUAGUAUUCUUUUGAUUUCGACAGUAUGCUUGUGCCAUGAUAUAGAUGUGACUUUGUUUCUUUCUGCUUUCAUGAAAUGUAGAAAUAGUUACUUUGUUUUAGGCAAAGGAGUACAUUUGCAAUUGUGAACCUUAUGCCCCACCUGGAACUACAGUAGAUCUCUGUGUUUGAUAGUUUUGAUCUGAAAUCUCAGAUAAAAAUGUGCCAUUUAUUUCUCCCCCCUUCCUUUAUUUCAUUUUAUUAUUUGCCAAAUAAGGACAUUAUUUUUCAACCGACUUCAUAUCUUUAACGGGGGUUCAGCUCAGAAACAUUAUUACUAAGUAUAGCAUUAUAGGUUUGAUUCUUUUGACAGAUAUCUGUCAGAUAUAUUUGUAUCUUUUUAAUGUUUUGUUUGUCAUGUCAUGCUUAUCGUAUGGUUAGCUUUUAGCCUGCUGCUCUACUUUCUUUAUUUUGGCGCACACACAACAUGCAGCUCCAUCCUGGGAGGAGUCACGUCCCCCAGAGUUGUACACAGUUGCAAAGGUAUCCCCUUUUUGUUGCUUUCAAAUGUUCUGGAAUCUUACAAAAAAUUGGUUGAGUGCCAUGUGUUUUAAUUUUCCAUGAGGUCCGUGUCUGUGCAGGGGUAUAGUUUAGUAUGUGAUGGAGUCUGGACGGCGUUCAAUUCACACCAUUUCUCCUGACUUAUACAAAGUGUUAGCUGUUGUGUAAAACCGGAGGAGACCAUGUGUGGUGUUUACCUUCCCAGACUCUCUUUAACUGCUCUUCACCUCAGUGCCUACGUCUUGAGAGGAGCCACACAAACCGAAUGCUGCAACAUUAGCUACCAUGGCAAUAACCUUUUAGAGGGACUUUCCAUCCCCGAGUUUUUGGGUGUCCAGAGCUCUUGACUCAGCUCGCCAGCAGAGGUUUGGUUGACUGUGAAGGCUGGCCUGGUUAUCAUAAUGACUCUUUGUGUUUAUUAUUGAACUUUUUUUUCUUUAUUUGACCUGCAACUGGACACACGUUUAUCAUUUGGUCAUGUCCAGAAAGAAAUUUGAAUUCUUGGUCGUUUAUUUCAGAUUUAAAAUACUGACAUAACUUGAUUGUUGCCCAUCCAUUUCAGCAACAUCAGCCAAUCAAACGUUGUAUAGUGAACAACGCUGCCAUCUUUACAUCAGCUUCUGUUGUGGAAGAAUUUCAAAAAGACGCCCUCCACACCCACAGGCCUGGAAGCGUUUGGGUCCAGCUCUAAGUGGAACAGUAGUGGAGCACAGUAUGAGGACUAUGAAGAACCCCAUCAAGGCGUUGAUGCCUUACUGCCCAUGGAGGCACAAAAAAUGUUUCUCCAUGGAUGUUAAGGUUACAGCGCCACCUUUAAGCUUCUUCUCAUUAGAAUUUAUUUGUGAAGGAACGACUUGGUCAUAUGUGGAGAACAUGUACGACUAGAGGUUUGAACCAACGUUGGAAAAAAGCAGCAUCAGCUUUUAAUGCUUUGUUUAAAGGUCUUGAUGUUAUUCUGAACAGACCUACACUACUUCAUAACUCCUAUCUUGUUUUCCACAUCGACAGGCUGCUCCUCUUUCAGGCUUUUUGAAGUAUUUCUUUCUUUUUGCAUAGGUGUUUGUGUUGCUGAUGAGUGUUGAGCUCAUGAUGGUUUCAGUGCAAUGUCCUUUUAUAAAAAAAAAAAUGUUUGGUCAACUCUUCUCGACCUCUCAAUGAUUUACCUUUCUCUGAAGAUGUUGUUUGUAUCAUUGUGAUAUUUUUCUACCUACCGUUUGUCAGUAUUUGGUUUGAAAACUCGCCUGUUCUUCAUUGUAUCCAUCGUUUUUUCUCCCUUGUAACAUCGUCUCUCUCUUGCCUUUGGUUGGUCAGGUCUUGUCUUUCCCAUCAGGGGACACAUACAGUAUGUGUGUGGAAGUGUGUGUGAGUGUGUGUGUGUGUGUGUGUGUGUGUGUGUGUGCACAGACAUCUAGUUUGUGCUUCCUUACAGUAUUUCUUUGUGUUUUCCUCCUCACUCAUAAUCACACAUUCAUCAUUUUUUAUUGAUUUAACACCAAAGCUCAACAACACUUGAGUCCAGGUCACUGUGCUUUCGUUCAGAUUAUUCACUAUAAUUUUUUUUUCUAACACUUGUUGGUUCUUGUUGGCUUACUUUGUGUGUUGGCAGCGUGGUGUCAUCCUGAGCAUCAGUUUUUUUUUCUUUUUCCAUAAUAAAAGGCUUCAUUGAAACAAA